AAUUUCCUCCCGUCUAAUCAAAAUCACACACACAUAUCUUUAUAUAUAUAUAUAUAUAUAUAUAUAUAUUAUUGAAUGGAUAUAUGUCAGACAUUCAUAUUGACUGAAAGAUGAAAAAUUAGGGCCGGACAGUCAUGGCUCCCCGGAAAGUGUACGGAAGUCUAAACUCACCGGCCACCUUGAAGGUCAUGGCAUGCCUUUUCGAGCACAAUCUAGACUUUGAGUUUGUUCAGAUCAACCUUGAAGCUGGAGAGCACAAAAAGCAGCCCUUUCUGUCCAUGAAUCCAUUUGGUCAGGUUCCAGUAUACGAAGACCGCGGCAUCAAACAGUUUGAAUCUAGAGCAAUAAUAAGAAGCACGGCCCAUGAGUUUGGCAAGCAAGGAGAAGAGCUAAUCUACUGGGAUGCCAGGAAGCAAGCAGUGGUGGCUAACUGGGUGGACGUGGAGGACCACCAAUUCGAGCCACCGGCACUUAAGCUGAUAUUUGAGCUGGUAAUCAAGCCCAGGAAAGGGUUGGAGCCCGAUGAAGGCGUUGUGGCGGAAGCAGAAGCCAAGUUGGAUCGAGUCCUUGACGUGUACGAGGCUCAGCUCGCGAAGUUCAAGUACUUGGUUUCAGACAAGUACACCAUCGUAGAUCUACUUCACCUUCCAAACUUGCAGAGCCUGAUGGGAACACAGGCUAAGAAGCUAAUCGAGUCGCGCCCUCGUGUGAGCGCAUGGUGUGCUGAGAUUCUUGCUCGGCCUGCAUGGACCAAGGUGCUUGAAAUGCAGAAGAUGGCUCAAGCUUAGGCUUUUGUGUGACAAUAAUGUAAACAAUUUAUGGACAUUCAAAGUAAUUCUAAUGCAGUCGUUUUUCAUUAAAAAAUAUAAUUUUAAAUUACUACUA